AUGCAAACAGAUGAAGUUAUCAGAACGAGGAGUGGUGCUCCGGGAGGAAAAAAGAAUAGGAAACCGUCUCUCGCCAUGCAGCAUUCACACAACGGGUGGGGGGAGAGCCAUCGAUGGCCAUUGGGACAGGUUUUCGGGGAAAAACACCCCUUUCUUUCUGGCCCCAGGCCAGGACCCAAGAGCGCGACAGAGGCGGUGACGGCCGCGGGAUCCUGCGCAGCCCCAGCCGGGGCGCCGCGAGCUGCGGAUCCCCGGCGGCGUCGGGCACAGCACCGCCCGCCGCGCCCGCCCCGCGAGGGAGGCUCGGAACCGAGCGGCGAGGAGCGGCCCCGCACGGCUCGCCCCGCUGGAACCCGCGCCCGAGGCUCCGGGGAAGGAGGUAGGAGGAGCCAGCCCCCGCACACCGAGCCCCUGCCCACCCGGGGCGGAGGGGCUGCGGCCGGAGCCGCCCGGAGCCGCUCGCCCCCGGCCGCGCGUCCUCGGGGCCGCUGCCGCCCCCUGCCGGCCCUGGCGCUGACAGCCCCCCACCGCCCGCCCAGCCGCCGCUCGGGGCCGGGAGGGAAGGAAGGAGGGAGGGGGCAGCGCUGCCCGAUCACCCGGCCCUGCCUCCCCCCGCGGCCUCCGCAUCCCGCAGCAAACGGAGCGGACCAGGGAAAACGCCGACGGAUGCGGGGCAGAGCGGCCCCCACGACACACGCCCGGCCCCCCGUAGCGCUACAGCCGCCCGGCCCCCCACUCCCCGCCGCCCGCGUAAGCCGCUCUCCCGCGGGACCCCUCCCGCUCCCCCGGUACCUGCCACCCGCACGCAGCAGCCGCGGCGCCACACACUCCACAAACCCCAGCCACCGCCGUCAGCCCAGCCCGGGAGAAAACCCCGCCGGCCCCGCCCUCCAUCCAAUCCGCGCCCCGCCCGCCCUCGCUUGGAGCUCGGGGCCGGGAUGGAGUCCGGGAGCGUCGCCGGAGCGCGGGCACCGCACCAGGGAGACGCCUGCCCGGGAGCGCCGCUGGCUAGUCACGGCCCCGGGCGAAUCCGAACAGGGCACUGGCCGUGCGCACGUUGCGGUGCCGCUCUCCCUGUCCCGCGGCGCCUGUCCCAGCGGUGUCUCCAUACGGAACGAGCUCCUGCGGCUCCGCGGGCUGUGCGGGCGGGGAGGGGAGGCCGUGACCCCUCCCGGCUCGCCGCAGCCCUCGGCAGGUGCCGCGUCCAGCCGGCCACCCGCGCGCAGUGGGCACAGACACAGCGCAGGGAGCCCUCGGGGUCCCCGGGGCGGCCGGGCCGGAGCGCCCGCCCCGUGCGGCGAGAGGGGACGUCGGGGCUGGGAUCAGCACCCGUGGGGAGGUGGUCGAGAAGUGGCAGCCAGGGGCUUCCCUGUGCUGCUGAGGGACAACGGGGCGUGA